CAAAGAGGCAUGUAAAUUAAACAGAGACACGUAAAUUGAAUAAUAAAAAUUAAAAGGCAAACAGGCGGGUUUAUUUAUUUGACAGACCUUCAUCGUUAAAAUCUAUUCCUUGUAAUACCUUUAUGUAAUUUCUUAAGUAACCCCCAACUUGAUCGUAAAGCCGAAGAGCAAAGGUCCAAAAAUAAAGCUUUUAUUGCUUUUUUAUGGAGCAUAUAAGACACUAUGCCUUACGUUUUGAACGUAAAUAACACAAUAUACAACUUAACGUGCGUAUAUUGUCCUUAGUUGUAAACGCCUUUUACCAGUCAAGUGAUAAAUUAAUACAUAAAUAUUCCGAAUUUACAUUUUAUAACGAACGUUUUCUCGCAUUGACGACUUUCAUUAACAUAUAAAACAGAGAACGGGAAAAAAAAUUCGAUAUGCCUAUUUCAAAACGCUACAUAAAUACAAACCAAUGGUGUAACAUCAGAAAACCUUCUGCUCUACCCAAGAAUAGGCCAUUAGACUUUACCUGGCCCUGCAAGCAGCCACCAAACAGACGUUUAUAUAAUGACAUUAAUCACUUUCACCCGCCCGAAGCAAGACAUGUUAGCCGAUAAUACCGACGAGGAGCUCGAUCUCCAGCCCACGAAGGGCAUCAACAGCGAGCAAUGCACGCUCGUCGGCGACGCCAUGUACUGCAAAAUCAUCAAGGCCCUCAGAGCCCCGGUGGAGUUCGAAUACCCGAGGAUACCCUACUCGACGUUGCGCUCCCUGCCGACCAGGGAGUACCUCGACGAGGUCCUGGUGCCCAUCCUGCUGAAAGCGCUGAACUACAUCGCCAGGAGGCGGCCCCCCGACGCCGUCAAGGGCUUGGCCGUGUACCUGAUGAAGAACCGGAGGAUGUACGAAACGGUCGACGACGAUAUACUCGUCUCCGACAGCGAAGCCGAAGUGCCUUCCACUGGAUCGGCUUUCAGCACCGGUGAUUACUAUUAAUGCGCGACAGGAUUUAUUUUUAUGUGUACAAAAUUUAUUCUAUAUGCGGAAAAAUAAAUGAUGGGUAGAUUGGUAAUUUAAUCGUUUUGAAGAUUAAUAAAUUGAUAAUCUAUUAUUUUUUGAUUCGACACUGAUCCUUCUUUGAAUCCAAAUCUAUUCGAUUAAAGUUCCAGCGAUUAUUCCUGAUAUCUCUUUAGCUUCAUAAAUUAUGGUUUCGUUGUAUUGUUUACAUCCGGUAUACAUUUUGUACUAUCAGCGCCUGCAGAACAUACAGGAAAUUAUUUUUUUGCUAGCUUUUUG